CUUAGAAACAGGAAACCAAGAACUGCAAUUUAUGAAACGGGAGAAUUUGAGUAACAGGGGUUAGAAACACACAGAACAAACCCCUCAAAGAAGAAUAUAACCCUCUUCAUUUAAAACCAUCAUCACAUCAUGGAAGCUCAAAGAGUUUUCCAUCUUUUCCUCAUAUUGACUGGGAUAUUUUUCUUCUCUUCUGUUUGCUCAGGAAUGAGUGCACCAGGAUUGUCCCUGGAGUCCACUGUGUUUGUGGCCUUUGUGGGUGAAGACCUCAAGAUUGACUGUAACAUCUCCAAACCACCAAACCAACUCAACAACACAAUGAAAUGCUACGAUCCUGUUAACGAACAGAUAUACGUCCUUGACCUCAAUACGAUGGCUGGCAACAUUACAGAGUUUAAACACACACUGCAGCUGAACAACGUGACCAGGUCCGGAGAAUACCGCUGCCACUAUAAAAAUGCCAGUGUGUACUGGUUUCUCAGAGUGAGAGCUGAUGGCUACAAGGAGCCCCCGAUGAUGAGUCACAAAGAAUACGGUAUGGCCGCCAUCACUGGUGUGCUGCUGGUUUUCAGCGUGGUCGGCUCCAUCUAUGUCUUCAGAGGACAUUGGAAAGAGGCGAUUACUAAAAGUAUCAAAACCAGCGGGAAGCAAAGGCAGAACGGAGAAGAAACGGAGACGAGCGAGACGGAGGUAGACAACGCAGAUAAAGGAACAGCUCCUUCUACAUCUUUCUAUGCUAGUCUGCAGGCUCGGCCCAGGUCCAUUUAUGAUGUGAUCGACUGCUCAGCUGCCAACCAGGAGCCGGCUCAGAGGGAAACCAAACCCAACGAGAAUGAACACACAGAAAACAUGGAGCAAACCACACCACCCCAGGCUGUGGACGUCUUUGAUUCUGUCUAUGAGAACUUUUGAAUCGUGAAUAAACUUGAGUGAGAGAUUUUGA